UGACAAAAAUAACCCUGACAGGUAGAUUUGAGAGACGUUGAAGAUGAAGCAACAACACAAGUUAAAGAACGAAAACUCCAUCACAGCUUCCACCUUCUCACACCAUAAUACAAAAGACAUCUCAUCUCACAUUUCGAUUCUUUUAGUCCUAACCGUUUCCCACUUCUCAUCCAUCCUAAUCCAAAACUCACCAUGCCAGGUCUAGUUUCCCCAGGCGGACCUCCGCCCCGAAUCACCGUACCCGAAACCCCACCCCAAAGAUCCGACUCCGCCAAAACACCUCCCUCCCCAUCACCACUCCCCAAAAAACCACCCUCUCCUUCUCCAUCCUCCCGCUCCAAAAAGAAAACACCAGAAACCCCAACCAACAGUAACACUCUCCUCUCCGAAGCCUCACUCGAUAACCCAGAUCUAGGCCCAUUCCUCCUUAAAGUAGCCCGUGACACCAUCGCAUCCGGCGACGGCCCUGCCAAAGCCCUAGACUACGCCAUCCGAGCUUCCAAAUCCUUCGAACGCUGCGCCGUCGAAAACGAGCCCAGUCUCGACUUAGCCAUGAGCCUACACGUCUUAGCCGCGAUUUACUGUAGUUUAAGCCGCUUCGAAGAAGCUGUUCCUGUUCUCGAACGCGCGAUCCUUGUUCCUGAUGUCGAACGCGGCGCCGAUCACGCUCUCGCUGCUUUCUCAGGCUAUAUGCAGUUAGGUGAUACUUUUUCCAUGCUAGGUCAAGUUGAUAAAUCGAUUUCUUGUUACGAUCAAGGUCUUCAGAUUCAGAUUCAGACGCUAGGUGAAACGGAUCCGCGUGUUGGUGAAACGUGUCGGUACUUGGCGGAGGCGAAUGUUCAGGCGAUGCAGUUUGAUAAAGCGGAUGAGCUUUGUAAUAAGACGUUGGAGAUUCAUCGGGCGCAUAGUGAGCCUGCUUCUCUUGAGGAGGCUGCAGAUCGGAGACUCAUGGCGUUGAUUUGUGAGGCGAAAGGAGAUUAUGAGCCGGCGCUGGAGCAUCUUGUUUUGGCGAGUAUGGCGAUGAUUGCCAACGGUCAGGAUACGGAAGUUGCUUCGAUUGAUGUAAGCAUUGGGAAUAUUUAUAUGUCUCUGUGUCGAUUUGAUGAAGCUAUAUUCUCUUAUCAGAAAGCGCUCACCGUGUUUAAAUCGUCGAAAGGGGAGAAUCAUCCGUCGGUUGCGUCUGUGUUUGUUCGCUUGGCUGAUUUGUAUCAUAGGACUGGGAAGCUUCGUGAAUCGAAAUCUUAUUGCGAAAAUGCGCUUAGGAUAUACUCGAAACCGGUUCCUGGAACUACCGCGGAGGAGAUUGCUGGUGGUUUGACGGAGGUUUCGGCUAUAUUUGAAUCUGUCGAUGAUCCGGAGGAGGCGUUGAAGCUGUUGCAGAAGGCUAUGAAAUUGUUGGAGGAUAAACCUGGACAGCAGAGCACGAUUGCGGGUAUAGAAGCGCGGAUGGGAGUGAUGUAUUACAUGGUUGGGAAAUAUGAUGAGGCCAGAAGUGCGUUUGAGAGUGCUGUGUUGAAAUUGAGAACCAGUGGGGAAAGGAAAUCUGCGUUUUUUGGUGUUGUUUUGAACCAAAUGGGAUUGGCUUGUGUGCAAUUGUUUAAGAUUGAUGAAGCUGCUGAAUUGUUUGAGGAAGCUAGAGGAAUUCUUGAACAAGAAUGUGGACAUUGUCAUCAAGAUACUCUUGGAGUUUAUAGCAAUCUUGCAGCAACUUAUGAUGCAAUGGGAAGGGUUGGAGAUGCAAUUGAAAUCUUAGAAUAUGUUCUAAAAUUGAGGGAAGAGAAGCUUGGAAUAGCGAAUCCUGAUUUUGAAGAUGAGAAGCGUCGUUUGGCUGAGUUGCUGAAAGAAGCUGGAAAGACAAGAGACAGAAAAGCAAAAUCUUUGGAAAAUCUAAUUGAUCCAAAUUCAAAGAGGACAAAGAAGGAGAGUACCAAGAGGUGGCCUGGUUUGGGGUUUAGAAUUUAAUUAACAACCACGUAUAAUUUUUUUACUCGCAUAUUAUUAUGAUAUAUUGAUUUGAAUGCACAUUCUGUAACAUAGGAUAUAUCUUUGUAUAGCUUUGAAUAUGUAAUUUGGGAGCAUCCCUGUUUUCUUGAUGUUUGUUUCCUGCAUCUGCUUUUCUUGUCUUAUUCUUAUUGUAUUGUGACCUUCUAAAUGUACCCCAAAGUUCCAUUCAUGUUGUCCUUUUCUGGAAAAUAUUGAAAGUAAUUUUUUUA